GUUUCAGAGGGAUCGGAAAAAAAAAAAAAAAAAUUCAUUCCAUGAUUCCAUCUGUAAAUAUUUCACUAGAUGUAACCUAUGUAACAUUAGUUUAGGCCUCACAAGGCUAGUUUGUAAGAAGUUCACUAAGAUUAUGUCAAUAUAACAUUAUAUUUUACAGUAAAAGUAUAUUUCAAAAUCUUCACCGUUGUACGAGUUCGUUAAUUUGUAGAACAAAUAUUGUUUUUUGCAAUAAGUGUACCUCGUUCGAUAAUAUUGACCGAUCGAAAAUAUUGAUGUGCAAAGUGGGCUUGUUAGGUAUUUGAUUCGUUUCUCUUUGGAGCUCAUUGCUAACCAUCAGGGAAGUUAAUGUAAAUCCUGUGUAUGUAAAUACGAGUUUUUGAAUCAGCAUUGUUGAGAUUUGCAACUGAAGAUGCCUGUGGAAAUCUCUAAUUCAAGGCUUGGGAAUUGCGAAGUUUGUGCGAUUAAUCCAGCUAAGUAUACUUGUCCAGGAUGUGAAGUUAAAACGUGUUGUUUACAGUGUGUAAAAAUACAUAAAAAAGAACUUGAAUGUUCUGGUAUAAGAAACAAAGUGAAAUUUAAACAAAUUCAGAAAAUGAAUGCUUUGGAUCUUCAAAGUGAUUAUUUGUUAUUGGAAAAUGCCACUAGAUCAGUAGACAGUGUUGUGAAUAAUGGAAAAGGCUUAAGAAAAGCAAAUUUUUACAGCAUGGCACGUAUGAAAAUUAAAAAUGCAGCAAAUAAACGAAAUAUAGACUUACAUUAUUUACCAAAAAGUUUCAGCAGACAUAGGAAAAAUUCGACUUAUUAUCAUUGGAAAAGUGAUAAAUUAUUUUGGAAAGUAGAAUGGAUUUUUACAGAAGCAGAUAUGUUUUCCAUUGUCGAUGAAAGGGUUCCAGAAGAGGAGCUAGUUUCAAAUGUCUUAGAUAAAUAUCUUAAGUUUGAAACAUGUGAUUUGAAUUUGAAGAAACUGUUGAAACCCUAUUUAGAAGCAGAUGAAAAAGAUAUUUUAGUUUUAUUAAAACUGGAGAAGUAUGGCACUAAAGCAUUUAUUGAAGUAGAUACAAAUGAUUCACUCAUGGAAAACCUAAGCCUGCAGUCCAUAAUUGAAUAUCCAAUUUUUUAUGUCAUAUUCAGGAGAUCAUCCUCUGAAUACAACAUACUGAAAAGAGAUAAUCGAAGUUUGAAAUUCUCAAAUAACUAUAAAGGUACAAAUUUAUUGUUUGGUUCUGUAGAAGGAAAACCAUUGUAAUAAUUUUUUGUAGAAGUGAAAGGUCUCACCUUCACUUUAUGAACAUUGUUUAGAAACCUACUAAUUAAUACAAUUUAUUUUUAAAUAGUCCAUAUUUAAUGUUUGCCAGCUCCAAAAGAUACCA